AUGAAGCCCUUGUUUGUCGUGUCACUUCUGGUGGCGUUUGUUUCCUCAUUCCAACCAAGUGACUAUUGCGAUCCUUCGCUGUGUCGCUUCGGAAGCACCCAUGUUGCUUGCAAUGCAAAACUUGAGUUCGCCAAUCCAACGGGAAUCACCAUUUCGCUCAACGAUACCAGAAAAGCGAGAAUCGUCCAGCUACACAACCAGCUGCGUAAUAAAAUUGCUUCUGGAAAGCAGGAUUAUCCUGGAGGUUUCUAUCCAUCGGCUGCUCGCAUGACUAAACAAUGGGAUGACGAAUUAGCAUACAUAGCUGGUUUCAAUGCAAGAAGAUGUCAGCUUGGUCAUGAUAAGUGUCGGGCCACUCCAAAAUAUCCUGCCUCUGGGCAAAACCUCGCUUAUUACAAAUAUAUCAAGGGAAAACCGGACAUGGAUAAAGUUAUCGAUACAUUGGUGAACCGUUGGUAUGCAGAGUAUAAGGAUGCUAAUGUUGGACAUAUUCAGAAAUAUCCUGAAGGUUAUCAAGGACCACAGAUUGGUCAUUUCACAGAGUUCGUACAGGAUCGUAACGAUCGCGUUGGAUGUGCACUGGUUCAGUGGUUUGACAGCCCCAAGACAGUGAUUAACUUGGCAUGCAACUAUGCUCGAACUAACAUUUUUGGCCAAACCGUGUACAUUGCAGGAGAUGUGGCAUCGCAGUGUACAUCUGGGACCAACCCCGACUAUCCGGCAUUGUGCAGAUCCAAUGAACUGGUAGACUAUACACAUGCCGCAAAUGAUGAGAGGGGAUAUCAGGAGAAUCUGCCGAACACGUUCCGGCGAGAUAAUCCUCGAACUCCGACGGGGCUCAACGGUGAAAAUCGCGGAGUACAGUUUACCCAGGAGAUAGUUGGCGAAGCUGCGAAAAUCCGAGCCCUAAGCACCACGGUUACCGUCAGGGUUAAAAACCUCGACGAGAUAGCCACGAAUGCUGAGGUCAAGGAUGCGAUGCAGGAUCUGUGUAUCGAAACGGACCAGAUUUCGAUCAGGAUGCUGGAAAGGCCUCCGAAAUUCGGAACACAGGUGGCUUUCGUGAAACUUCUGGUUGCGGUAGCAAACGCAGCCCUCAAGUGUGGGCGGCUAAAGGUGGGCUGGUCUAUCUGCCAGAUAGCCAUCCCCCAGCAUCCGGAAAGGUGUUUCCGGUGUGUGGAGUAUGGGCAUAAAUCAUUCGCCUGCAAGGGUACUGAUAGGAGUGGCUUUGCAGUAAAGCCAGCCAUCAGUCAGCUAGUUGCACCAAAGAUGCAAAGUGUCUCCACUGCGGUGAAGGACACAGGACAGGCAAUCCUAGGUUCCCGCCCUUCAAAAGGCGACGUCUGCCACUCAGCAGACCAGCUGUUGCAGCAGACUCGUGUCGCGGACCUCGGAUGGCAGAAAUUGGGUAUUCGAUAA